UUUUAUGUUUAUAAAACAAAAGGCAAAGUGCAAAUCUAAAACUUAUGAAUGAAAAACUUCUCGUUAACAUCGAACAACUAUGAAGAACAACGAAAGCCUAUGCUAUCAAAUGCUAUUUCAUAUAAUGAUGUCUUAUUUGACAAUGUCAGAUGGAUUACUUGAAUGGAUACAGAAGCCUAACAUCAAUACAGAGUUAAUUCGCGGACGCAAUGCAUCUCUACAGUGGAAGUAUAAUAUUCCUAAUGGCGAGGUCUUCAAAUUCUUACUUAUUACAAGAUACAAAGAUGCAAAGCACAGCUAUGCUAGACAAACCAUGGCGAUCAAGAUGGCUGACGGCCGUGUAGAGAUAUACGCAAGUUUUAGAAACAUUAUUAAUGUAACUGGGGCAGUAACGUUGAAUAUAAACAAGGUGGAAAUGAGCGACGAGACUAUAUAUUGUUGCGAAGUACAUUAUUCUGCUAAAAGUGAUAUCAAUUGUGUGCAAGCGUUUGUGCUAGAUCAACCAAAAAUAACCCACUAUCCAAGGAAUAGAACGGUGCUUGAAGAUACCGUGGUUUCUUUGUACUGUAAUGCUACUGGGAUCCCUGUUCCAAGCAUUGAGUGGUAUCGAAUUGACUCUUCCUAUCAGCGCAUCCACUCAGGGAAGACAUUGAAUAUAUUAAUGACAAGAAAUAAUAGUGGUGUAUUUGUGUGCAAAGCAUGGAACAGAAUUGGUGCUGCAAAUGGAUCAGCCUACAUUGACGUAAAGUAUUCUCCUAAAGCAAUUGUGAGUUUAAAAAGCACCGUCGCGAAUCAGAGUGACCUCGUUAAAGUAAGGUGCCAUGUGACCGGAAACCCCAAGCCAUCAAUAAGGUGGUAUAAGAUAGAAAAGCGCUCCCGUGUAUUGUCUUUGGAAAGUACUCUGGACCUAAAGAUCAGGAGCAAGUCAGAUGAAGGAAGGUAUCAAUGCCAGGCCAACAAUGGUAUUGGGAAUUCGAGUGAUGACAUAAUAACAGUGUUUGUUCAAAAUUACUCUCCCAUUAAUGCAAGCAUCGAAACUUGUCCCCUGAACGAGCAAGUGGCAGAAAACCAGACGUUCGUAAUGCAAUGUUCGAGCAUUGCAAAUCCUUCUCCAACAUAUCGUAUUUACCACAACCAGAAAUUGAUUAAAGAAAACCGUUCUGGUUAUCACAAGAUUUGUCGAGUCAAAGAAGUCACUCUGGAAAAUACACAUGCAUCCCCUCGAAUAGCUAUGGCGUUGGAAAAGGUGUAUCCUCCAACCGUUACCGUCCAUCCAAGGACUAUAAAACUAAAAGAAGGCGCAGUUGCUACUUUAAAAUGUGAUGCUACUGGCAACCCCUACCCUAAUAUCAUAUGGCAAAAAGAAGGAGUUUCGGGCAUUUUGAGUACGAGCAAUGUUCUUGUAAUCAACGGUACCCGACGCAGUGAUACAGGAAACUACAUAUGCAGGGCGUACAAUGGCAUCGGGACAUCGGUUUUAAGCUCAAGUCAUUUGGAGAUAUACUAUACACCGGAAAUAAUCAUUCCACCCAUCAAUGUAACAAUCCUGGAAACUCUGAAUACAUCGUUUUACUGCGAAGCUGUUGGGAAUCCAGAGCCUAUAAUUACAUGGAUGAAACUCGAAAAUGGGAUAUUUAGGGCUCUAAAUUCAUCGGAAGAAAGAUUGAAGCUUAUCCAUACUUCCAGAGCUGAUGCUGGAGUGUAUGUUUGUAUCGCAUCCAAUAUCAUUGGGAAUGUUAGUGUUUCUACAAAGCUUGAUGUUCAAUAUAAACCUUCAAACACAAGGUUGUUCUCAAGUCCUGCUCAAAACACUGUACAGAUCAAAGACUCAGUGACUAUGUACUGUCAAACAGAAGCAAGUCCAUCAGCAGACCUGUAUCAGUUCUUUUAUGGUGAUAAUCUCAUUGCAAUAACAAACAAUGGCGCCCACCAUCUGAUAACUGUAGAGAAGGAGCACGAAGGGGUUUAUCGCUGUAAGGCAUUAAAUACAUUGGGACUUGGAGACACGGCAAAUAUGUUUCUUAGAGUUAAAGUCCCUGCAUCCAUCGUACUUUACCCAAAAAACCAGACGUUAAAUGAAGGCGACACUUUGAUACUGACAUGCGUUGCAAAUGGUGACCCAUUUCCAAACAUCACCUGGACGAUGAGAAACAGCAGCAUAGUGAUCUCUAAUGAGCAAGUCUUGGAGUUAAAGAAUACCACCAGAAUCAAUGGAGGAGUAUAUGAGUGCUCAGCUGGUAAUGGUGUUGGUGAAAAUGUCAUGGCAGUGGCAAGAGUUAUGGUGAAAUACAAACCCAAUGUUGCAGUUGCCAGGACGAGUUUACACAGAAAAGAUUCCCGGAACGAAAUACAGUUAUCAUGCACUGCGACAGGGUAUCCGUUACCAGUCAUUGUAUGGUCACCACGGUCACGAAAUUCAACAGUCCUAUGUAGGGCAAUCUCAAUGACGAAGAGAGUUAGCACUGUAGUAUUCAAAAUAGCGAAAACACUGGAUGGUGUGGAUGUGAUUCGAUGCUAUGCAUGGAAUACUAUGGGAAACGCCUUUGGAAACGUUACGCUUCGACGAGUCGAAAAAUACGAAAGCCAACAUCACAGUGCAAAUACCUGGUUUGGUCUGUCACUCUUCAAUGUUUUAGGAAUUAUGAUUGGAUUUAUGGCUGUGUUUAUAGCAGCUGUAGUCAUGGCAACGGUGUACAAACAGCGUAGAUCUGGCAAAGUCGUGCUUUCAAAAUAGAUGAAUCUGCUGAGCAACUGCUUCCUCUUCUGCAGCGUCUACCACUUCAUAAAUUUAAUAUUUUAGUAAUAUAUCUAAGACUUUGAUAAGUCAAUCAUUUAGCCAAAUCAUAACCAAUAGGUCAUUCGAGUCAAACGGAAAUAUUUUUCUCCCUUUGACUCAUAACAGAACUAGAUCAAAAGCUACUAGGUAGAAUAAGAAGCCGACAUAGUAUAGAGAAAAAACAACCGAUAAUAAAAAUACAAUAGACGCA